AUGUUCAGAACACGACUCCCUCGAUCCAUCGCAACGAAAACAGCCACUUCAGCCAUCGCCAUACUAGGUGCCGGCGCCUACUUCACCCAAUCCAGACUCCUAUCAUCUGCCCAUGCAGAGUCAACCGAAGCGCCCAAGGUCUUCUCGGGCUUCGGCUUCACCACUCUACGCCUUCACAGUACAAAAGAAGUAAAUCACAACACAAAAAGACUAGUCUUCGAAUUCGCAGACCCAUCCGCGAAAAGCGGACUCCCACUUACAUCCGCCCUCCUCACAAUCACUCGACCGGAGGGAAGAUGGCUCCCCGUGCCACGGCCAUACACACCCAUCAGCGACCUAAAUCAAGAAGGCUACAUCGAGUUCAUGGUCAAAAAAUACCCCAACGGCAAAGCAAGCACACACAUCCACUCCCUAGUCCCAGGCGACACCCUCACAUUCGCAGCCGCGCUGAAAGGACACGCCUGGACGCCCAACCAAGCGCGUCAGGUCUACCUCAUUGCCGGCGGAGCGGGCAUAACGCCCAUCUACCAGCUUGCGCAAGGAAUUCUCAACAAUCCCGCCGACAAGACGAAGAUCAGGCUUGUUUUCGGGGUUAAUACCGAGCGGGAUCUUUUGCUUAGAGAGGAGUUGGAGGCGUUCAAGACUAGAUUUCCGGAUCGGUUUGAUUACGUUUAUACUGUUAGUCAUCCGGAGGAUGUGCAGGUGGGUGGAGAUUUUAGGAAGGGGUAUGUGACUGAGGAGCUGUUGAGGGGGGUUGUUAGGGCUGAUGGUGAUGCUAUGGUCUUUGUUUGUGGCCCACCUGCUAUGGAGAAUGAGCUGGUUGGCCCUAGUGGGAGGGCUGGGAUCCUGGCGAGGCUUGGGUUUGAGAAGGGCCAGAUUGUCAAGUUCUAG